GGAAGAAAUAAGAGAGAAAAAAAGAGUCGAAGAUUUCGCGGAGAGAUCUCGCUGCUGGCGUACACGUGGAAAAGUUUCGGUCGACGGACGGUGGAUAACGCGCGGGUGCGCGAGAGACGACGAGACGCGCGGCGCCGCGGUUUUCUUCUCGUUCGGCAAGAUUGCGCGAAAGCGGACCGAGUGAUCGACAAACGGGGCUCCUACGGCCCGCCAGUAAUUUCGUUCGUACGACCGCAAAGCAAUUAAUUUACGUUUGUUCUCCGUGUCCUCGAUAAAGCAAACAAGCGAUCCGCUAUGCGUACCCUCGUAACAGCAACACGCAGCAGCCUCCGUCGAGCGGUCUUAUUGCAGCGAAAACUAAAAAAGAAUAAAUAAAUCAAAAUGCCUGAAAGUGGAGCAGUGUAUCAGCCAACUACAGUAGGCUAUUCCUAUGAUAAUCGAGAUGGUGGGCUUGGUAUCAGACGAAGUUUUUCUAGAAUCAUGUCCAGGCACAAGUUCAGUACUAGAAACUGGUUUGAAUGGGUAUUAAUGACCGUUGGAAUUGCAGCAAUUCUUGCUGGAUUUACAACAAUGAUCAUUAAUCUAACCAAUGACGAAGAAACAGAGACUCCAAAGAGGGCUGAUACUACAAUUACUACUCCAAGAGACUCUACAACAGAAGUCAAGGAACAUUCUAAUGAUUCAAGAGCUUCGAUAGCUGGAGGAGCUGCUGUGAUGUUGAUUGGAAUACUUUUGUGCCUUAUCUGGGGCUAUUUGCGAUUCUUCCGUAAUGGAAAGUCUCCCAGAGGUGGAAUGACAAGUAACAGUGGUCAGAUGUUGGGCGGUUUGAAUCCAUCGACUGACUUGCUGGUGGGUUCCACUUCGCAGUACGGGCCAGUACUAACAGAACUACCAAGCCAGCUAAAGUCGAAGCAAGCAAGUAGUCUUGAAGUGUCUACUGCAAUUCCAAUGUCUGAUCAGGAGGAAGAGACUCACACCUUGAUGGAUGAGAAUACGGGUCCCAGUACCAUCACCAGUCAAAUACCAGGCUGAGUAAGAAUCACUGCAGCAAUUAGGCCUGGAGUGAAUAGAUUUCGCAAGGUCGAUACUUUUUUUUCAUUUUUUUCUUCACUGAUGCGUAUAAGCAGAUAGUCAAAAAUCAAGGAUGGGUUUGUACGCUUUGAAAGCUAAGGAAUGUCAAAGUAAGUGGAUGUCGUACUUGUUUUAACUUGAGUUUUUGUAUUGCAUUUUUACACAAACUUUUUUCAGUCUUGAUAACUUUUUUAUAGAAGAGCAUAAAAGUCUACAUACUUUGCCUAUGUAAACAUUAUUAUGCCACUUUUGUUACUUGCUAUCAUUGGUAACAAGUGAAACAAGUGUAAUUUUUUGUAUAAUUAUAUUUUUAUUCAUCAUAUAGUUACAAAUGAUAUUUUAGAUAGUUUAUCAAAGUUUUAUGAUUUAAAAAUAUUUAACGUCAAAUAUAUUGAUGUUAUGAUCAUUCCAAUUUACGUUAUUUGAAUGAUUUGAUCAACAUAUGUUUUAUGUACAUACAUAUACAUGCACUUAAUUUUGUAUGCAUAUAAAUUGUAAUAGCCUCUUCUUAUUAAUUCCUUUAUGUAUAUAGAAAUUCUUAAAUUUGAUUAGGUUUGUGUUAGUUUUCAUUAUUUUAUAUAUAUGCUUCAGUAAACAUACUCAGAGGUUUCAAAUAUUCGUAAUUUUUGCUUGGUAAAUUGCAAUUACAAGCUUUCCAAAAUUAUUACUAAUUUGAAAUUUAAGUAGUAGAUAACCCAUCCUUGGUUUGAUUUUUUAAUAAUGUACUGAUAAAAAAAUUCAUUUAGUUAUACACCACGUGAUUUUUUAUCAUAAUUUGUAUUUUGGGAACUUUUAUUUUAAGAAUAGCUGAAGAAACAACUUGAGCCUUCAAUAAGUAUGCCUGUAAAUAGAAAAAUAUAUCUAAAACUUUUAACUAAUUGACUUUUUCAUGAUCUGCAAAAAACAACACUAGCUUAUGCAACGUAUAACAGAUAGAAUAAAAGUAACAAAAUAAGCGCGAAACCGCCGUUACUUCAGAAACAAAAGCGACACUACUCGAUUCAUUUUUAUUGAUAUUUUAUUUCUUUUUUACGUAAAAUAAUAAGGCGACGAUGCAACAUCAAGAUUUAUGAAGUCUCUUUAGUGUGCAGAGAACGAUCGUAAUCUAUAUUAUCCACGUAUUUUCAAUUAUACAUAAAAAUACAUGUAGAUCUCAAGUAUCUUAAGCUGCGAUCAAACAGACACGAUUUUACAAUUCCGAUAUAUAAAAACAACAAGGCGAGAGAAAAAGAAAAACCGAUUGUAGAGAAUAUAUUUUUAGACCGUGAGAUGUAGGUUUGCGGAAUGAUAGGAUGGAAAAGGAAUAAAGCAUUAAGAAUAUAGUUUCAAAUAUUUAUUCUUUGAGUCGCGAGGAGAGAAUAUAUCUCACUCAUCACACUGAUCGACGACGUUGGCUCGACUUUUAGCGUAUCUUAGAAACAUACAUACACCGCUAAAUACCAAGAACAUAAAUAGAAAGUUUUACAUUUUAGUCAAGUUCGCGAGUUAAAGUCACAUUAUAAUAUGGCAGAGAGCUGAUAUACAAUAAUGCUGUAGUAUGAUCGAGAGGGGUUAAUUGCACACUUAUAAAGUUGAGCUGCGACAAUCAGGGAAAUGUUUUUGUCGUGUGUAUAACGUAAAAAAAUAUGAUCGCAACGAAUUUUUGCAACAUAAUAUUAUUACACUAAUCAAGUGGUAUUCUCUCGUAUUAUUGCUAAAAAAUUAAUAUACAAUAUAUCGAUUGCCUAAUAUCAGUAUAAGAAGUAUAUAAAAUAAUAUAGCUUUUGCAUUUAUCAUAUUUCAUGAUGAAAAGUAUUUAAAAAUUAACUUAAUAUGAAUACUAUAUAUUAACAUUCAAGUAUAGAAUUCCCUGUUAGAGCCCAACUCCAUCUUCAAAAGAGUUAACAGAAAGAGUCAAAGUCAAAAAAAUAAUAAUCACGGUGCUCGCAAUCAUGAUAUAAGUAUAACGUGACUGAGCAAUAAAUAAACAAAUGUGCAAUGAAGGUUAGGAAGGUUAUGUCGAGACAAGUACAAUUUAUUUGAUGGUUGUAUAUGAAAACGAGAAUCUUACUUGCGUUUCAAUACGCAUCACAAUUAUUCACGUUUAGUUUAUAUAGCUUGUAAUAAGAAUGUAUUUUUAUUUUACAAUUUUUACCAUUUACAAUCAUCUCAUUGUAUUCUAUGUAUUAUUUGGAACUGUCCACGAAAGUGCAGAUUCUAAAAAUUUAUAAUUGGCUUAUAACGAUGAGUAAUAAUUAUUGUAAUCUUGAAAAAAAAACAGUAGUUCUUCCAAUUCGGAGUUCCUAAAUUCAAAUUACUUACACGUACGAGCAAAACGCUCGUGCGACAAUACGAAUUUGCCAAAACAUAUGUAUUUUCGUACAGAUCGUUUACUUAGAGUGUGUAGAUUAAUAAAUUGGAAUCAAGUUUGUUGCCAAAUUACUUGAAAAUUAGCUAUUGGCUUUCUGCGAGAAUAUCAUAUUCGUUGCAUUUAUACUCCUAAUAUAAUUCCUUUCAUGUUUAAGUGUGUUUGUACUUCAACUGUUAUAUUGCACAAAUAACACCGAAAAAAAUUCGAUUACAGACAUGAUUUGAUAAUUUUUCGAUUGAGCAUCGUUACAAAAAAGCGUAAGCAAUGUUUAUACUUAAGUAAGUACUUCAAUUGGCGUAACGCAUUUAUAUAUUUAAUGAUAUAUAUAUAUAUGCAUUGAAAUUUUCAACUUAAGAAAAUUAAAUAGCACGCAUUCUGCGCGCAUGUAUACUUAAUAAAACAAUUCCAGCCACAGGCGGUACAACUAUAUUAUGAUUUGGUCACUCCGUCCAUUUUUGUAAAAUCGCCGAUUGAAUUGCACAUUUAUAAACAUUUAUAAUUUUGAUAUAUAUAAAUCACAAUUCAGAUAUAUUGUUUUGUCGGCAUGUUAUUUGUAUUUUACUUUUUAUUAUCAGUUCUGUAUACUAUUACAUUUGGAAAAUACGAAAAAAAAAAUA